UAUUUUUCUAGAUAAAAGGUACCCUAGGUCCUUUUCUAUACCCUUGACAAUGUGUCUACAAAUUUUCAUGAUGACGAUUGGGUAGCUAAGGGGUGAAAUCGACCACAUAAAACUAAUUUUUUUCUAUCCCUCGGGAACAAUAUUUUUUUUCUGGAUAAAAGGUACCCUAUGUGCUUUUCUGUACAAUAUGUUCUUGAAAAUAACCGUCCGCUCGAAACGAUUCGUCGACAAUAUCCAAUAAAGUAUUGAAACAAUUUUAGUGUUUGUUUUAUUACAUUUAUUAAUUAUAUUAUUAAGGGCGGCCAUCACCUUUUGAAAAAUUGAAUGUGGUGUAUGAAAAUUUGUACAAAUAUCAUUAGCAACCUUUUAAAUUUUUUUCGGGGAUGUUGCUCUUUGCUGAAAAGAAUUUAAUCUGUGCUAGGUUUUCAAUUCGUUGCUAGUAUAUGUAGGGUGUAACAAAAAUGUUUUGAGAAAGUAAUUUUUUUGAUUAUUUUGGAUGUUUUUAAGUACCUAUAGUCUGUUUUUGUUUAAUUGGCGUGUGUUGUAAUAAAAUAUUCAAGAGAUUAUUAGCUUUGUUCAAAUAACUGGCAUUGACACUCAUAAGAGAUAUGAUAUAAACUCUAUAGAUAAUAAAUGUUAUUGUGUCUAUCUUUGUAGUUUUCAAACCUUUUUGAGCUUAAUAGGUGUAUUAAUCGUGUUUCGUUUCAAUGGUGCCUUAACGGACAAUCCCGUCUAGGCGUAGACACGGGCGGUCAGUCGGUUACAGUUUUAUUGCUUCACCCGUCACUUUAAAGAAAACAGAGUAUAGGGUGGAGGGGGCCUGGUGAACCAACUGCGCAGAAGCUACAGUUUAAGUGAUUUGAGCGGAAGUCCUGACGAUGACGCCGUUGUCGUCAAAGACGAAACGGAUACUCGCGUAAUGAAAAAGAAACGUGCCAGCCCCAGCAGGCAUUCGUCGGAGUCGUCGUCAUUAUAUUUUUCCGAAGUCGACGUAAGGAAGAAUGUUAUCAUAAGUCAGGUGAAAUCGACGGACGAUAUAAGUUCUGGGUAUUCGAGUGGAGAGGUAUUUGGUACGGUAAAAAUGAGAGAGGGGUUGGUACGUAGUAGUUCCUUGAGCUCACCGAGGCCGCGUUCCAUGCGGAUAACCAGAUCUACGACGGCUCCAAAGAAAACUAACACAAUCACGGAGGGCGAGGAUGAAUUGUUCGAAUGUAAUGUUGAAGAAAAAUCGAGUUCUUCAAGCGACGGUGAAUUUAGAGACUGCAUGGAGGAUGAGUCCGUCCAAUCGCAAGACCAAAAGGUACCGUCCUUACCUUCUAAAGACUUACAAUUAAUUGAAAGUACCGAAUUCCGAGAAAUCUCUCUUUACCCCCAAAACAGUAGGUUGCUUGAGCACAUGACCGUAUUGGGAAAAGAUUUGAAACAAGAAGAGAAGAGGGCCGGAAAAUAUAAGAAAAGAGCCGCCCCUCAGCCGCCUCCCUCUCAAAAAGGUGAAGGUGCAUGUUUGCAAGUUCCGAUUGUAACCGCUACUCUCAUCCUGAAACCAGGCGAAAUGAGACCGUUGGGACCACCCUCUGACAAUUCUCAAACACCCUCUAACAUUUUCAUUUGUCACUCACCGAAAGCAAGACGACGUGGACAUUUUGAAAAUUCAACGUCAACGAGGACCAAAUCGUCUUUUAACCGGCUGAUGCCGAAAAAGCUGCUGUUUUGGCACCACAAAAGCGACACCGACCUGAAGGAGUCGCCGGAGGAGCCGAAACGUUGCUCGUGGCACGAACGUUCUCAUCGAUUUCUCGCGACUCACGGCCUCGGACAUGUCAAAAUGCUUUCAAAAAGUGACAACAAUUUAAAAACUAAUGUCUUCAACAGCCUGUCUCCUUUUGCUGAGGGUUCAACGGGUCCCCUGGUAACCGACAGCGAUUAGUUUGUUUCUUCAGUCAAACAGAUCUCAACUAAUGCUACGCUACCUAGAACAAAGAAGUCGUCUAAAAAGAAAACUUUGUGAGUUGUUAGCCAAGUAAAAUUGUGAUUAUAUUUAAUAGCAUAAUAUAAUAUAUAUAUAAUCUGUUUUAAAUGACAAAUUGUAAGCAUAAUAUAACAGUUUUAAGAAAAAUAAACGCAAACAUCUU